CAAUUAAGUAGUGAAGUGAACCAUGAGACCGGGUGCAUGUACAUAUACAAAUAUGAACCAAACAUCUAAUCCCAAGUGAGAAAAAAAUGAACACACGUCUCAUUCACUCACAUUAUUGAAGCUUCAUACGGUAUAAGAAAAUUGGUAUAAACAUGACCAAUUUUAGCAUUUGCAUGCAACAUUUACAUUUCCCAACAUGCAUGAAACUAAGAUUUCAUAAUAUUUUUCUAAUAUUAAUCCUAAGUUGAUGUAUCCAAUGUUGUUCUGGAUUUGUUAUACAUGCAUUAUUACAUCGAACCCGAGGAAACAUUAUUGGGAAACCUUGAUCCCCGAUAGCAUGAUAUUUAUAGGCGUGUGUAGAAACUCGAAAUAGAAAUCUCUCAAUGAAAUAAUCUUGACCAAUAAUCCACCCACGACAAGUAUUAUUUUUAAAUCACAAUUUCCGUAUAAAUACUGGCCUCAACAAUCGACAAUAUUCCAGUGCAAAUCUUGUUCACAACCACGAAACAUACUUGUCAUCAAAUAACUGAAAAAUAUACAAAAACACUUAUCAUCGCCGUCGUCGUCACCCAGAAUUAUGGAGGAUCCAGAAAUUAGGUUGGUCUACUUUGACAUUCGAGGAUUCGGAGAACCUCUACGGUGGAUGCUGAAGAUUAAAGGGCAAAAAUUCGUGGACGAGCGUAUUCCUCUAGAUGCAUGGGCAAACCAGAGGAAGCGAAGUUCGGGUGGUCUCGCUGCGCCAAAAGAUCGCGAAGGGAAGAGAAAGUCUGCCGACAACUCUGCGACGUUAUUACGGUUCAAACGGUUUGUUGGACAACUUCCGUUGUUGUUUGUUGGCGAUGACUUUGUUUUGACUCAAACUCUGACCGUGAUGAGGUAUCUGGCACGGAGAUUUGGAUUCAACGGGGAAGAUGGAUUGGAAGAGGCGAGAGCUGAUGAGGUCGCGGAUCUUGUGUAUGACUUGCGACUACGAGCUUGUGACUACGAUGGGAUCGCUUAUAAAUCCGCAACUCCGGAUGUUUUGCGUCAUACAGUCUUUAGAGAUUUUAACAACGCUCCAGAGAGUAAAGCCAAGGAAAAAAUGAAGGAUGACUUCACGAACAUGUAUUUUCCAUUGUAUUUUUCAAAAUUUGCAUCCCUUCUGGAACAAAGUGGUGGUGAAUAUAUUGCUGGAAAGAGUCUCACAUACGCAGACUUGGUAAUUGUAAAUUUCAUCGAAGUCGUCGAGGACUUAAUUGACCCAAAUUGUUUGGCUGAGUUUCCAACUCUCAGGGCCCUCAAGGAGAAAAUAUUUGCAAUUCCAGAAAUUAUUGAGUGGAGAAGUGAGCAAAGGGCAGCCACGAUUGACUCUGGUUAUCCAGAAACCGGAUAAUAGUUGUUCUUACAUUAUCGUAGACUCAUAUGUAGACUGAAAUUCCAACAAAAUACGUAAAACUGAACUCCAUUCUUGUCGUUGUACGCAAUAACAGAACUUAUAAAUUAAUUUAUGAAGAAGUUAAACUGUUUUAAUUAGCAUCAACAUUAUAAUUAAUUACUAUAAAUAAACGUUUCCCUCCACAACA